GGGCCGAGCGGCUGCGGACCCCCGGGCGCCGAGGAGCCGGGCGCCGCGGCCUCAGGCAUGGAUCAGUGCGUGACGGUGGAGCGCGAGCUGGAGAAGGUGCUGCACAAGUUCUCGGGCUACGGGCAGCUGUGCGAGCGCGGCCUGGAGGAGCUCAUCGACUACACCGGCGGCCUCAAGCACGAGAUCCUGCAGAGCCACGGACAAGAUGCUGAAUUAUCAGGGACGCUUUCGCUUGUUUUGACACAGUGCUGUAAAAGAAUAAAGGAUACGGUGCAGAAGUUGGCGUCAGACCACAAGGACAUCCACAGCAGUGUCUCUCGGGUUGGGAAAGCCAUUGACAAGAAUUUUGAUUCUGACAUCAGCAGCGUGGGAAUAGACGGCUGCUGGCAGGCAGACAGCCAGCGGCUUCUCAACGAGGUGAUGGUGGAGCACUUCUUUCGGCAGGGAAUGCUGGAUGUAGCCGAGGAACUCUGCCAGGAAUCUGGUCUUUCUGUAGACCCAAGUCAGAAGGAACCAUUUGUGGAGUUAAACCGAAUAUUAGAAGCAUUAAAAGUCAGAGUUCUGAGACCUGCUCUGGAAUGGGCAGUGUCAAACCGAGAAAUGCUCAUAGCACAAAACAGCUCCUUGGAAUUUAAGCUGCACCGACUCUAUUUUAUUAGCUUGUUAAUGGGUGGAACUACAAAUCAGCGAGAGGCAUUGCAGUACGCUAAAAAUUUCCAGCCGUUUGCCCUGAAUCAUCAGAAAGACAUCCAGGUGUUGAUGGGAAGCCUCGUGUACCUGAGACAAGGGAUUGAGAACUCACCGUACGUUCACCUGCUCGACGCAAACCAGUGGGCUGAUAUCUGUGACAUCUUCACUCGGGAUGCCUGUGCCCUCCUGGGGCUCUCUGUGGAGUCCCCGCUCAGCGUCAGUUUCUCAGCAGGUUGUGUGGCGCUGCCGGCUCUUAUUAACAUCAAAGCUGUGAUUGAGCAGAGGCAGUGCACUGGAGUUUGGAACCAAAAAGACGAAUUGCCUAUUGAAGUUGACCUUGGUAAAAAGUGCUGGUAUCACUCGAUAUUUGCGUGUCCUAUCCUUCGUCAGCAGACAACAGAUAACAACCCGCCCAUGAAACUGGUCUGUGGCCAUAUAAUAUCAAGGGAUGCCCUGAAUAAAAUGUUCAAUGGCAGCAAGUUAAAAUGUCCAUAUUGUCCAAUGGAACAAAGUCCAGGAGAUGCCAAACAGAUAUUUUUCUGAAAAAAUGAAUUUAGUUUGUUGAUUUGUAAAUGAAACUGAAUUGUGGGUACGUUUCAGAAGAGAGCGUUGCAUUGAAUGCAGCUAACCGAGGACUUCCGCGUUUCUGUAAGCUAACGCUCCAGGAACUCUGCCACCACGCUGUGCACACCGAGGGAAGUGCCCCAGAUGAGUGUUACCAUAGGGCUUUAUUAUACUCUUGGUCUUCAUUUCUGAUCAAGUAAAUACACCAGCAGUUGUCAUUCAGUGCAGGUUUUUGUACUUAAUUAUAUGGUGGUUUUUUUUACUACUUAAGAGCAGAAACAGAAAUUGAGCUUCCCUCCAUGUGUUUAAUACUCCUGCUUUAAUGUCAUUUUCUUGAUAAUUGUAAGCCUUGAGAGCAUUUGUGCAAAGCUUUCUUUCCUGCUAUUUACACGUAAUUAACUGAAAAAUUCUUCAGAGGAAGUUGGAACAAGUCCAAUUGUGGUUGUAAAACUAAUUUGCAUUUCUGGUUUUGCUUAAGGAAGAAAGCUGUGAUAGAUUCCAAAUUUGCUUUUUGAUGUUUUCCUCUGCUCCAGCUCUCGCCAAGAAGUCAGCGCACCUGCUCUUGAGCUCUGCUUGUAGCCACAGUGGGCUGCCGCUUUAAAAUUCUGUCGUGAAUUUAGCAGGCUGGUGUGAGAAGUCUUCUGCUAGAAUUGAGUGGAAGGAAUAUUAUUGGGUUUUUUGCUUUUAUUACCAAGAGGUGCUUGUUUUAAGUGCAUUCAAUAAAAUGAAGUUCUGAAGUUAGAAGUGUUUUUAAGUUGAUAUAUGCUCUCUUGGUCUUGGUAGCCCUAUCCUUUGAAAUCUGCCUUCAGGACCUGGCUGUCUGCCACAUGUAUAUCAUCACGGACACAGUGCUGUGCAUGUGUAUAUAUAGAUCUGUGCACCAGCAUCAAACAUUGUAUAUCUGGGAAGGAAAAAGCAUGUUCCAGUCCUAAAAUGCAGUUACCAUCCCCGUCACUUUGAGUCCUUAGAGUUAGAAGCUAGCAGCUUUUCUGUAGUGCAAAAUACGUUCAUUGCUGUUUUUGUAUUUGAUUAGUAUACUUACUGUUCAAUGCCGCUCUUCUGCAAGGCUAUCAUCUCAUUGACUGAAUCUGUAUAUUACUCAGAUGGAUACAGAUAAUGAUCUUUUUUCAGUGAAGUACCUUCAUUUAAUGCACUGUCUAGAAAGAGCCAUGUGAAAGAGACUUUCUCUGGAUGAGGGACUACAUGGAAAAGACUUCAGUGGACAUAAUUCUGACUUUGAAGACCCGUGAAGUUACUUCAUCGUGAGAAAAACGUUAUGUGGAAGUUACCAAAUAUUUUGCAACUUUAUUUCAUCUGAAUAUCAAUAUAGGAAUACUUUCAUGCAAAAAAAAUGAAAAAAGAAGAAAACAAAAGCAGAGAGAAAUGUGCCACUUUUAGGCCACAGGUAGACUUAGGUUAAGGGGAAGGGGUGGGCAACAGAUUUGGUGCUAAGUUCGUUGCAAAUCGGCAACGUUCACAGCCACCGACCCAGACGGUGUGUUCUAAAAUGUUUACCUGGGAGAACUGGGCUUCACUGGGAAGGAGCAGGGCACUGCAGCAACUCCCUGUGUUGAGUACUGCAUGCUGAUGUUCGUAUCGAUGGCCGCUGGGUGCUGUGAGGUUUGACAGGAACCUCAGUCGGCCCAGGUCAGAGUGUUGGCCUUGUCCAAACGCAGUCUGACCCCACAGUGACUUCCGCUUCACUGUUAGAACCAUCUGUAAAGUUCCCCUGUACCAAAGCAGUGAAGGAGAGACUAAGGCAAGCUCCUGGACUGCAAAAGAGAAGGGAGAGGACACCAGGCAGUACUCCGCUGGGGGUAUAAACUGGUUUACUUACUUUCCCCUUCGAAUUAAAUUCUAGAGUGUUUUGUUUUUGUUUCUUAACCUCUUUCUCCCUAGGCAGCUUAGCUUUAUUCACAUCUUAUUCUUACCUUUCCACCUCAAACCUCUACCCAACCAUUAGGCUUCAUGUAAGGUUUGGACAAUACAGAUGUGCCCUAGCGGCUGGUGGUAAAUAUUUUUGGCAGCAAGACCCUUCAUACAGUUGGCUCAGGCCACUUUCCAGGGCGGAGGCCAGAGCUCUGCUUUAUCCCUCUUAACAGUUUCCUGUGCCGCCCAUGAAACUUUAAAAAGAACACGCUGUAGCAGCAUUUGACUGUACAGCUUCCUGAGUACAGCCCUUGUGCACCACACUGGGCUGGAAGAGGGCCAAAACAUGGAAACUCUUGGCCUAAUAAUUUACCAUGAGAAUUACGUCUUGUAACCUUCCAGCGCAUGGACACUUAAAAUACAUCAGAGGCUAGAUGUGCAGGAGAGGUGGGUUCAAAGAGGCCAGACCUGAAAACCAAAGAUGCUGAAGUACAACGUUCUGUCCUUCCUGCUCUAGAAAGCCUUCACAGACGCGGCACGGCCACAUCAUUGCUGGUGCAGUCUGUGUCGGCGGUGUGGGGGUGCUGUGUCUGCCUGCCUGCACUUGAAAAGGUAAUCAAAGACAAGGCUUUUUACAGUCAGACUAAUGACGUCCACUGGAAAUAACUUCAGAAUGGUUUCUUAAAUCUCUUUGAGAGCCAUUUCAGUUUACCAUUUGUGGACAGAGGCCAUGGGACUAUUCUCGACCCUAAAAACCUUUGAGCAAAUCUUUAGAUUCUGACUUAGCCAGAACACCUGUACUUUCAGGUAGACUCUUCACAGUGGCUGAGGUGAUCUUUUUGAGCUUUUUUUCUCCUUUGUGUUAAUGAUCACAGAUGCCAUUUCUGUUUUAUUGACGAUUCUAUGAGACUUCUAAUACAAAAAUGAACGGGUAAUGGUGCCUCUUUAUUUUAAAGGUUUUAAGAAAAGAGCCACCUCAUAUUCAUAGUGUGCAUUUUGUGAAUGUGUGAGCUUUUAAUUGAAAAUAAGGACGUUAUGAAGUAAAUCUUUUUGUGUAAAUUUUUCUAUAGCAGCUGAGAUAUAUAGAGACACUAAAACCCACACCAAAUCAUGUGGGGGGAUGAGGAUCCUUGUUUUUGUUUUUAUUUUUUCCUCUCCAGUUAGUCCCAUAGGAUAUGUAGUUCAAGUUCAGUAUUCUUGAUGCUGUAAGUUAUUUCCACGUCAGUGGUGUUGGACUUUGGGACCGUGGAUGUAACAAAAACGAAGAACUCUUGAUUGGUCCGCAGAGACAAGCUGCUGGUAGACUACGUUAGCCCUCUGGUAUUCCAGCUCCACCUCUGAUAAAGCGGACUGUCAGCCACACUGGUCAGUCUUUGCAGUCAGCAGACUCAGGUUAUCUUCGGGGAAGGUUUGGUUAGUUUCAUCACGAGGACGUGUCAGUGAAGACCCAAACCAAAUCCCCAUCAUCAUUUAACUCUACUUGCGUUGUUGCCUCUGGUGACACUAGCAGGCUGCGAUCUUGAGGGGAUGGUAGCAAGGAACACGGGGGCGGCUUGCUGUUCUGUGAGCCUGUCCAGCUGUCUUACGUGGUACAGCAGUGCCUACCCUGAGCAGGUACAAGCUUCAUGAACUUUCCUUACUGAACCAUAAUUGAACAGAUACCAAAAAAUACAGUGACAAGUGGAUUUUAGUAACAGACAAGGCAGUUAGAUGUGGGAUGAGUUUUCUGCUGUUGAUUUUACUUGAAGACAUAGUGAGAAAACACAAGUUUUGUGUUUAAGAGAUCUUUUGAACUGUAGUGGGCAUAUGCUUCAUUUACUUCCAAGGAGGCAGAAGCAGCUGGACUACGCUGACAGCACAUGCUCUGUUUUGUGUUCUGGACCUACAUUUCCUUUUAGCAGUCACUUGACCUCCUCCAGCUAGGCAGAUGUGGGGCUCACUAGGAUUUAGUGCCUGAUCUUUCUUUUGGGAAGGGGUGGGAGUGAAUGUGUUGAGGAUGGGAGGGAAGCAGAAGAAAACAAGAGUGUGAGUGAGUGUGCAUGUGUUGGAAACUCACCGUCACCCCACCUGUGUCUAGCAAGGGACAGGUGUUCUAUGUAUUUUUCUCACGACUGCAGUGUGCAUGUAUUUUUUUCCACCCUCGUGUUUCCUAAACUUACACUAAAAGGAUUCAUCAAAUCAUCUUGUUCAGAUGGCUCAGGAUUGUAUUUCUUUUGCUCACCCUGUGCUCUUGGGUUCCUAUAGUAUUUCUAUAAUUAUGUAAGAAGAAUAGUGUUGCACUGUAAUCUAUCAUAUAGAGCUAUAUGUAUGGAAACUUUUGAUCAGUUUUUUAAGAGAUGUAUCCUGUUUGCAAAGGCACAGUAAAGUUGCAUCUUAGAAACUAUAGGCAAUAAAGCUAACAAUAAACCUUAUUUAACACAAACCGUACUCAUACUCUCUGUUCAUUUGAUUUUGGACAAAGUCUAGCAUAACCAGUAGUUUCAGGGAUUUCAUUUUAACUUAAAAAAUUCUGAUAUAUUUAAUUUAUAAAUUUCGGACUGAUAUAAUAGAGUUUUGGAAAACUAUAAGAAAUGCUUUGUUAAUGUGUGUAUUCCUAUGUAAAACACAUGGCUUCUCCUGUGUAUAUUUUUAAAAAUUAAAUGUACCUUGAAAAAGUA